CACACACACACACACAGAGACACUCACUCACACCCACACGCACACACGCACAUACAUACGUACGCACACACCGCCUACUCCCUUUUCUAUCCCUCUAUCUCCUCGGGGUGCACGUACCAACCUCCUCUUGGGAGUGUUUGGUGCGUGAGAUACGGAGAGCGUACGGAUAGAAUACGAAGAAUGCACGGAAAGAGACGCAGCCGGUGCGACGGGCGAGUGAGGACGCCCGACAGACUGAAGAGCUGAGUAUGACGAGUGCACGAGGCUCUGGAGUAGUCGUGACUUCGAUUCUCGCACAGAAAAGUAUAAUCGCUUGGACCUGCGCGGCCGCUGACCUGCCACAUCGUCACGACGUGCGGCGCGAGGCGGGGCGUCUUCAUCUCUUUCUUUUUGUUUUUCCUAGCUUUUUAUUUUUCUUUUCUCCCCAGGAUGGCAAAGGCAAAAAAAAAAAUGGGCUCAAAACGUCCAUGUUGACGAGUUCCAUUUCCGGACAUGCAUGGCUGCGAGGGCUCCCAAGAACAGCAUGUCUCUUGUUCUUUUUCCAACUGCGUAACGUUUGUUGUAAUGUGACAGCUCGCAAAUAAUAGGCCACAAGGGGAGUGCAUUGGGAAUGUAGCUGCGCUACUCCGUACACGCUACCACACUCUACGACACUACACUGAUCGAUCAAGUCCGCGACUGGCAGAGAACAAUAAUGGGGACACCGUUGUCUUCAGCAUCUUGGUUGAGCCUAAGUCGAUAUUGCUAAUAAUAGUCACGCGGAACCGUCACAUGAAAGUAUUUUUUAUUUUUUGACAAGCAAAUGGCGGCUUCUGUCAAACGUUCGACGCCUAGAGUUGGCCCACACCUGUUGCGCAUAGACGGAGCACGCGCGCGAUGACAGUCGAUUGGAUCAGAGCAAAACGUCUG